CGGUCCCAUCUCAAGAUCCGGCGCGGAAGCUAACCGACUAGCAGCGCCGAGAAAAGCCUCAAAGCUCCUGAUUGUGACCUGAAAACAGCUCGUCUUCACGCCGCAAAGCCGCGACAAGACGCCGCGACAAGACGCCGCAAAGAUGCCGGAAACUGAGAGUUACUCCAACCCUUUGGCCCCUGAGGGCCACGAGCUGGACGACCACCGAGCCGCCGCCCAGUCCAAACUCACCAAUGACGACUUCAGAAAGCUGCUGAUGACGCCGAGGGCGACGCCCUCCUCGGCCCCGCCCUCCAAGUCCAGACAGCAUGAAAUGCCGAGGGAUUACAACGAGGACGAGGAUCCCGCGGCGAGGAGGAGGAAGAAGAAGAGUUACUAUGCGAAGCUCCGGCAGCAGGAGGUGGAGCGCGAGAGAGAGCUGGCCGAGAAGUACCGCGACCGCGCGCGCGAGCGCCGCGACGGCGUCAACAAGGACUACGAAGAGACGGAGCUGAUCAGCACCACGGCCAACUACCGGGCCGUAGGCCCCACCGCGGAGGCAGACAAGUCGGCAGCAGAGAAGCGGCGUCAGCUGAUCCAGGAGUCCAAGUUUCUGGGAGGCGACAUGGAGCACACUCACCUGGUGAAAGGGCUGGACUUCGCCCUGCUGCAGAAGGUGAGAGCUGAAAUCACCAGUAAAGAGAAAGAAGAAGAAGAUAUGAUGGAGAAAGUGCAGAAAGAGGCAAAAAAAGACGUGGAGCCGGAAGAGAAGAUCGAGUUUAAGACUCGUCUUGGCAGGAACAUCUACCGCGUGGUGUUCCGGACCGGCGGCGCCGAGCGCAACGAGCUGUUCCUGCCGGGCCGCACGGCCUACGUGGUGGACCUGGACGACGAGUUCACCGACACCGACAUCCCCACCACGCUCAUCCGGAGCAAGGCCGACUGCCCCAGCAUGGAGGCUCAGACGACUCUCACCACCAACGACAUCGUGAUCUCCAAGCUGACUCAGAUCCUGUCUUACCUGAGACAAGGGACCCGGCACAAGAAGGUCAAGAGGAAGGACAAAGGGAAGCUGGAGGACAAACGGGCUCCUGAAGCUGAUCUCAGCAUCUUUGAGGACAUCGGGGACUACAUCCCGUCCUCCACCUCCAAGCCUCCCAAAGACAAGGACCGACACCGGGAGAGGGAGAGGGAGAGGGAGAAGGAGAAGGAGAAGGAGAGGGAGAGGGAGAGGGAGAGGGAGAAGGAGAGGGAGAGGGAGAAGGAGAGGGAGAAGGAGAGGGAGAGGGAGAAGGAGGAAGACGGCAAGAGCAGGAGACACAGUUACUUUGAGAAGCCUCGAGGAGACGAGCAGCAGGUGCUGGAGGUGGAUGACGGUCCUGGAUCAGUUCGAGACCAGAUCAAGAUCAUCAAUGAGAAGUUUGCAGGAGCAGCAGGCAGCCAAUGGCCGGGCCAGGAGCCUGGUUCUCAGAGGAGAGACGGUAAAGAGCAACUGGGAGAUUUCUUUGGAGGAUCCAACUCGUAUGCAGAGUGUUACCCCGCUACGAUGGACGACCUGGCUGUGGACAGUGAUGAGGAGGUGGACUACAGUAAGAUGGACCAGGGCAACAAGAAGGGGCCUCUGGGCCGCUGGGACUUUGACACUCAGGAGGAGUACUCUGAUUAUAUGAACAACAAGGAGGCGCUGCCAAAGGCUGCCUUCCAGUACGGCAUCAAGAUGUCUGAGGGCAGGAAGACUCGCCGCUUCAAAGAGACCAAUGAGAAGGCAGAACUGGACCGCCAGUGGAAGAAGAUCAGUGCUCUGGGUUUUACCUUGGGUCUGGACGGGCCCUACCCCGGGAGGUCUGGACCGGGCCAGCUUAAUCUGGACCGGGCAGCUUCAUCUGGACCCGGUGAGCUUCAUCUGGACCCAACCAGCUUCAUCUGGACCGGCCAGCUUCAUCUGGACCGGCCAGCUUCAUCUGGACCGGGCAGCUUCAUCUGGACCCAACCAGCUUCAUCUGGACUGGGCAGCUUCAUCUGGACCGGCCAGCUUCAUCUGGACCGGCCAGCUUCAUCUGGACCGGGCAGCUUCAUCUGGACCCAACCAGCUUCAUCUGGACCGGCCAGCUUCAUCUGGACCGGCCAGCUUCAUCUGGACCCGGUGAGCUUCAUCUGGACCGGGCAGCUUCAUCUGGACCCGGUGAGCUUCAUCUGGACCGGGCAGCUUCAUCUGGACCCGGGGCCCUUUCUGGCCCACUUACGGCCCCGGGCUUCAUCUGGACCCGGUGAGCUUCAUCUGGACCCGGGCAGCUUCAUGUGGACCGGCCAGCUUCAUCUGGACCGGCCAGCUUCAUCUGGACCGGCCAGCUUCAUCUGGACCCCAGCUUCAUCUGGACCGGGAGCUUCCGGACCCGGGGCCCCCUUAUUCCCCAGACUGGAGAUUACGAAACCCUCCCCACCCAAAGGGGGUCUGGGGGCUGGUCCGGGCCCCCCGGGGGGUCGGGUCGCCCAAAAAGACAUCGACGCCCCCCUUGGCCCCCACCCGGGAAAAGGGCGGGUGCAUGUGACUCACACACAGGUCCUGAAGGCCCUGAAGAGGGCUGUAGUUCCCCGUAUCUUUAAAUCCUCCAUCAUCAUACCAGUCCGCAAAAAACCAGACACACCCACCUUAAAUGACUUCAGGCCAGUGGCACUCACACCAGUCGCCAUGAAGUGCCUAGAAAAACUGGUCCUCGCCCACAUCAACCACACGGUCCUGGACAAUGUCGACCCCCUUCAGUUUGCCUCCCGCCCCAACCGAUCAGUGGAUGACGCGAAGCUGACAGACCUCGGCGUCCCAACUCCCACCUGCAACUGGAUUCUGGACUUUCUGAUAGAAAGACCCCAGGUGGUGAGAAUGGGAGGACGGGUGUCCACCGAGCUCACAGUCAGCACAGGAUCCCCACAGGGCUGCUGCCUGAGCCCCAAACUAUUCACCCUGUACACCCAUGACUGCACCUCCACCCAGGACAACACCAUCCUCAUCAAACACGCCCAUGACACCACCGUCCUGGGGCUCAUCAAGGGGAGCGGGGAUGAGUCGGGCUACAGGACCCUGCCUCCCGUGAUGCUGCUCCGCCUGCUGCUCACAGGAGCUCACGUGACGUCACCGGCCGCGCAGCCGCCACUCAGCGCCGUAAUUGCGAUCUCCUCCUGUUGA